AAGUGUGCCACCGGCGAAGCAGGAUUCGGGGGAACAUCUCUCAGGGCCUCCAGGGUCCGCGCCCCGGCCACGGGAUUCCUCCACGCGUGUGAAUUUGGGAUGGAACUUAUGCGUAGGUGUGUGUGCGGUUUGCAAGUGAUCCCGCCUAGGAGUUAGGCAGUACCUUCCCUCAGGUGCGGUCGCUGACAGAAGCUAGCUGCUGUGGGCGCAGUUAUCUUCCGCAGCGGGCUCUGUCGAGGGCUGGAUGCUUUGGCACCUAGUGCCCCUUCACCGCACUGCAGUCGAUCAGCUGGUUAGUGGCCUGCACUAUCCAGCCCUGGUACCCCAGUCGAUCAGCUGCGAGGCCUGGAGUGAAGAAGAAGAACGGGAGAACCGGCCCAAAGGAGAGAAAGGAUGAAAAAAGGUGGGAAUCUCCAAGUGACGAGUGAAAAGCGCCGUCCAAAGCACUCACGGUGGGCCCCAGCGCCCCUGCCCCCUUUGGGUGACCGUGGAAGUGCAACGCGCAGCCCGGAUCAGAAGCCAGUCGGGGUGAGACUCGAUCCUCCCAGACGCGGCGCUCUUCUGGACAGACCUCUUAAAGAUGGUGCACAAUGCCAAUUUAAUUAAGGAGAAUGCAGAGCUAAAACAGCAAAUAAAAAACGAUGUACAGAAAACAUUGCAGUUGAAAUUCCCAAAUACACCGCUUCAGGUGAGAUUUUUUGGCUCCCGCAUAAUGGGAGUGGGUGAUUCCGAAUCAGACCUCGAUAUAUAUUUAGUUAUAGGUAACUCUUCUGGAGUAUAUAACGAGAAGUUAACCCCGAAAGUACUUUUUAAUCUACGCACAAUCGUGAGUGCGAUCCUAGCUAAUAGAACUGAGUGGGAACUUACAGCCGUCAAAGAUCGCUUCUUUCCACUCGUCACUGCCGUCCAUAAAGGGACAAACAUUAAGUGCGAUAUAAACUUCCUGAACAGAAUGUCUUGUGACCAGAACCAGUUGGUCAACUACAUCUUUAAGCUGCAGCCUAUUGCUCGCUACAUGGUGAUAUUUCUGCGGGCCUGGUCCCAAAAACACGGCCUUAGCAGAUGCUUUCGAAGCCAUAUCUUUAUAUUGUUGGUGAUUUUCUUCCUGCAAGUCCAGGGCCAUCUACCAGCCAUCAAAGAUCUUCAGACUGACCUUGUUCCCAAUGUCGCUCCAUGGACAUCAAACUUUCACGAAUUUCCGUUGUCAAAGUUUGGUAUGAGGGAAAUUGGAGUGAACGAAAACAAAACUCGCCAGAUCUUACACGAAUUCUUCAAGUUGUAUUCCACCUUUCCCUUUCACGAGUUGGUUGUUUGUCCCUAUCUGGGAAAGCGUGUUAGUCGCCAACAGCUAAAGGACUUAAUGCCCUCAUUUUUCAAGUAUCCUGUCAAAUCUCCGGUGUUCGUACAAGACCUGAUACUCUUGGAUCAUAACAAGGGCUUCCAAGUAAAGCAGGUGCAGAUUUACGCGUUUCAGGACGAGUGCUGCGCUGAAAUUGAAAAUUAUUAUGAUGAUUAUUAUUAAAACAUAAAAAUUGAUUACACGUCCGUACGACCGACGUAAGCGGCCACGCAUUCCGGACUGGAUUAACUCAAGACCCGACUACAAAUAUUUUCACACACCACCAGAUGGAAUCAUUUCUUUAGGUUAAAAUAACAAAUAUUCAAAAUAUCCACAAUAAAAUUGAUUAACAAAUGAGA